AAGCGCUACUACGGCGACCUAGACGACGCCCUCCACCUCGCGAUGUGAACACACUCGCCCGCGACACCCUCGCCUACGAUCCUUGCGCGGCUCCUCGGACUCGCAGCGGUACACUGAUACCCAAACCGAUACGGAGAUGAGUCACAGUGGUCGAACGCUACACAAAAGACUGCAGAUAAUGCGAUCGAUCAUCGUGUGAUUGAUAUUGAUAAUACGUCGGAAAGCAGGAAGAGGAAAUCAGUAUCACUCAUAGGAAGAUCUCUCUAUCUUUCAUUCUUUUACGUUAUCGUUAUCGGCGGUGCGUCGUGCCAUAGUUGUACUCACUUAUCGGUGAUUACAGAAGUUAGUUCUUAAUUGUCUGGAGAUUCGUGUAGACCGGAAUAAGAGACGGUCAGCCCCGCGCGUGACGAAAAAUCAGGACGAACAUUGUCUCGGAGAUUUCUCUCGAGGCUUAAUCGUUCGAUCGAUCAUCAUGUCGGGUCUCUGAUCGUCGAGGCGUCACGGCGGCACGGUGAUCGCGUGUCGAGAGACCGAGACGCGUGGACAGGAACAGGCGGAACGAUGUAAGAGAAAAGAGUGCGAGGUGAAGCCGAAUCUCAUACAAGAUGGCAAGUCGGAAGGGUUGAUCCUUAGCAAGUGCGAUCCUUGUCUCGCGCGUAUGAAGCACAACGUACCAUUCCCACAGACAGAUGAAGCUGCAUUCCCUCGAAUCUCGAUCGCGGCGAAAACAGUGGGCGACUGUUUUCGAAAAGUUGUACAUAAAUGCACCCAUAGAAAGCAUGCGGUCGUCAGCGCACAUCUAUUCCUAAAAUCGAACGUUAAUCACUUUAUUAGUAAGAUUCGCCACAUUCAGUGCUGUCUCGUUCUCAUCUCGUGGCGCCAGAGUGUGAACUAUAAACUGUUACGCGGAAAGUCUCCCAACUCUCUUGAAACGCGAAUUGCUGCUUAUAGCAAUAUACAUCGCCGCUUUGAGUGCCUCAAAUCAUAUUAAGUUAAUCACACUAAGUUUCCUCAGCGGUACUCGAUGAAGCAUAACGCAACUUCGAGCGGGAACAUGGACGAGCGAGGAUAAUCCUCGGAGUCGCGAUCGAUAAUCGAUGAUCGACGCGGAUAGUGCAUGUAAUACGGCUGCGGGCUGCACGUCGAGACAAUUUUCUCUUGUGUCUGACUAGGAUAAUAAUUCGUCGCGCCGCGAGAAGUGCAGAGAGAGAAAGAAAGAGAGAAAAGGGGGAGGGAGGGAGGGAGAGAGAGUGGGUGCAUGUGAAUGUGCGCGCUCGUGCGUGUCUAUGCGCGAAGUGCAUAAAGCGACGAUGGGAUAUCGGUGAGAUCACGAGGUCACCGCAGAAUGCCUGAGCCGAGGGCAAAGCGCUGUAAACACUGUGACGAGUCUGGCCACAGGUUGGACAGCGGCUCCCCGUUUUGGAGGAUUCAACUUGACCAGGACCUUCUGGAUACCAUCAGCGCGAUCUAUCCAGAGUGGUUUAAGGAUUACACUAACAGUCGAGCAGCGUCGACGUCGUCCCCCACGUCCUCAAGCGUUCCCGGCGCGCAAUCCUGCAACGACAGCACCGCCGUGGUCGUCGUCACCGAACGCGGCGGUGAGCACAAGGUCGCCAAAGGCGACGCCAAGUCCAAGUCCAAGGCGAAAAAGGCGGACGGCUAUAAGGAUAAGGACCGGGACAGGAAGGACCCUAGGCGCGACGCCAAGGACGAGAGGGACGCUGGAAACGGUAAGAAAGGAACGAAGCCCUCGCCGCAGCAGGAUAAAGCAGCGGCGGACGCGGCAGGAAGGAAGGCCGCGAGUGCUGUUCCAGGAUCGGAAUCGAAGAUGGCCGAGGGCAAUCAGUCGCCGCCAAAGGCGGAGGUCGACGAUUCACCCCUCCAGCACGCCAUGGAUCGCAACAAAGAAUCGUUGAAGGUGAAGCUCAUGCUGAGGCGACCCAUCAAUCAGCUGGUUGCGCAAGGCAUCAUGCCACCGUUGAAGACGCCACCGGCGUUUCACGAGCAACGGAAGCAGCUGGAGCGAGCGAAGACGGGCGAUCUGCUGAAGGCGAAGAUUCAGCAGAGACCAGGAAGGGACGAGCUGGUCCGGCAGCACAUCCUCGAGGAUGUAGGUCACGUGGACCCGAGUCUGGCCGAGCGGCAGCGAAUGCUGAAGAAGGCCAGGCUAGCCGAUCAGCUCAACGAUCAGCUCAGUCAUCGACCUGGUCCGCUCGAGCUCAUUCAGAAGAACAUCCUUCAUACUGAAGAGCCCAUCGAGAGGGCGGUCAAAGAGGGUCACAUUCCCUUCAAGGCUACCUGCGAGGGACAGGUGACGAAACCCCAGCACCCGGAUCAUUACAUCACUUUCGAGGAUGAUUCCCAGAGCUCGGAGGGCGCGCCUUCGCCGCAGCUGGAGUCGCGAUCGUCGGACGUCCUGGAAACCGCGGCGGCCUCCGCGGGCAUCGUCACGGUCUCCCUGAGCAUACCGACGACCGGCGGCGCCGUUGUGGUCUCAUCGACAUCCCCCGUCUUCCAGCAAACGUCGACGGAAUCGACGAUACAGACGUUCGCCGAGCUCUGCAACACCGUUGUAGGCACGCAGCAGCAGCAGCAAGCUCAACAGGGCCAGCAACACACAUCUACGCAGGCGAGCCAAACGAAUGGUCCGUCGACGACCCUCCUACCAUUGGCGCCGGCGCCGAGCCCGAUGUCCCUGGGCUCAACGACGUCCAGCCUGAGCCCCCUUUCCAACAUCUCGAUAGCUUCGCCUCCGGCGCCGCCGCCGGCGGCGAUCACCCCGCGGCCCCAGCCAAGCCCGAUAGCCGCCACCACGUGCCAAAGGAGCGACGCCCCCGGGAAGGACAAGAACAGAAAGAAGUCGAAGACCAAGAGCCAGCCCAAGACCCGCACGAUCAAGUUCCACGAGUAUAAAGGCCCGCCAAACGCGCAGAAGACGCCGGUGUCUAGCACUUCCGGUCUCGGCGCGCAGCCCGGUGAGACCAGUUACGAGCUGCUUCUACAACAGCAACAGCUGUUCCUUCAAUGGCAGCUCGAGUGGCAACACAAGUAUCCACAGAUCAUCUUGCCGGCCGCGCAGAAACCGCUAUCGCUCACAAGUAGCGGCGCGAGCGAUGCUGGUAGUGUGAGCGGAAGUAGCGCAAACGCCGCCAGCCCGGCUCCGUCGAAUUCUUCGAACAAUCCUUCGGAACAGCCUCCAUUAAGGCCUUUGGGCAAACUUGAAGAGAUGAAAGUGAGCGACCUCAAGGUGGAACUGAAACGACGGAAUCUGCCGGUGUCGGGCUCGAAGCCGCAGCUGAUCGAGCGACUGAAACCCUUCACGGAGUCGUCCAGCAACAACACGACCACCAACUCUAAUGGACCACAUGUGACGCACAUGGGACACAUCCUGAUGGACACGCCUGGCCCGAUGGCGACGGACGACUGUAGCUCUCAGGUCAAGAGCCCGGGCUGUAUCGUGAAGGAUGAGCCGAACAGCCCGCGAACGGCCUCGCCCCACAAUAGCGAGCACGACGACCCAUCGAGUCCGCCAGUUCGUGUUUCAGGAGAUGAUAUCAUCAAGGUGCAGAGGAAACGAAUAGAGGAAUUACAACGCGAGCUAUACAAGUCGCAGCAACAGCUCCAGCAGAUCCGCCAGACUCAGCCGGCGACGGUGCGCGCCGAGAAGCUGGCGCUCCAGCAACACAUACACAAUAAAAUGCAGCAGCAACAACUGGCUUUACAUUUGCAGCAGCUUCAGCAUUUACAGCAGCAGCAGCAACAACAACAGCAGCAACAGCAGCAGCAACAACAGAACCAACAACAGACGCAACAGCAAGCAAUUCAACAACUUAAUGCGAAGGCGAGUCUCGCGGCCUUCUUGCAAGCGCAACCAAACAAUGCAACCGCCAUUCUCGACUCUGCGACUUUGACCGCGAUUAACAACAAGAAAAAUCAAUCCAAGAACAGUACUACUGUCCAAAUACCUACGGCUAUCGUUCUAAAUCUGGCGAAACCGACCAAGUUAAACGGCUCGCUGCUUGGUGCUCUUGUAGCGCAGGCGCAGGUUCAACAGCAACAGCAGCAGCAACAACAGCAAACAGCUAUUACUACUACUGAAGACAUUAAACCGCCACCACCGCAAUAUGACGAAGCUGCUAAGUUACUAAAGGUCAAGAUCGAGCCGGUCCAGAAGAAUCACAUAAAGAGUCAAGUAGUUGAUGACGUGUUGGAGAUCCUCAUCAAGAAUGGUGAACUACCACCAAGUGCCGCGCAAGAUCCAGCCACUCCCACGACUCCAAAUCGCCAACUACAGCAGAAUCUGGUCUUCACCGCACCGGCAGACAGUCCAACUCAAUCGUUAAUCUUUACGGCCGGCAGUCCAAUGAGUCCGAUCAGUCCGAUACCGAUGGAAGUGUCUCAGAGCGGUUGUUCGAGCCCGUCAACACCGGCACCACCGCCACCGCCGCCAUUGCCGCUAACCGCGUUCUCCAUUCAGUUACCCGGCGGAAUUCAACAGCUACAACAGCAGGAGGAAAUUACCCCCUUCAACACGGAUCUCCUGACAUCCGAAGCGGAGCUGGAUGCCGCGAUGUUGCUUAGUCCUCAAUCGAUGCAACAAGCUUCCCCGGAUCCUCAACCGCCACAAGAAGUGACUUCUUCGGACAAUGCAAAUUUGGAUCUUAAAGAAUUAGGAUUGGACUUGGAAACAUUGGAUCCAAUGGACUUCGGUCAACUAGACUGCGAUAUGCCGAUGGAUAUGGAUGAUCCCGAUUGGUUAGAUUCCCUGAUGCCGCAAUCGCCACCACCUUCUGCGAUAUUGUCAUCGCCCAAUCAUCACUCUACCACUCCGUCGAUUAAUCUCUCAUCCACCACGGAUAUCUAUGACCCGCUAUUAGGCAGCAGUCAGUACUCGUUUGAUCUCUUUAAUAUGGAGGACACUGACUUCAAAAUGUCGUCCGACCUAUCAUCUCCGAUGACCUGGGACAAGGUAGACUUCGCGACCUAGCCCGAGAUACUCUCUCGCAAUCCGGCGUUAUGUACUUAAUCCUCGGCAGGUAAUAAAAAAUCAUAAUUCGAAAUAGACAAAGAAACAGCGGGCAGAAAGAUCGUUGCAUUGCCACUUGGUCGGGUCUGUCCAAUGCAUUUUAUAUAAGCCGUUUCGUGACAUCCUUGCCUCUGAUGCAUCUAAUCAAUAUUAUAUCAAAUGUGUACUUAUACGCGCGCGUCAAGACGAGAAUGUUGAUUUCGAAAGCAUACCUACUGUUUUAAAAAAUACAUAAUCACGCGCGAUCGUUAUCGUAAUUAACAAUUAAGAACGAGAAGGCUGUCAAAUUAUGGACCAGUGACACGCGUGUCAUCUUUCGGUCUUCUUUGAUCAAUGAAUGCUAACGCAUGUCGUUCUUUUGAUCGAUCGUUCCAUCAAAAAUAUAAUGUCUGAUAAAUAUAUAUAAAGUGUUUCCUCACGCAUCUCGUCGUGCGAAUUAAAAUCUGAAAUAGCGAUGUGCGUCCAUGAGGAUGCUGCGGCCGACCAUUCGUAUACAAAAAGAACAAGGACCUAUAAGAAAAAUUCCGGGACCGAAAUCAACUUUCAAAAUUCUCCAAAGAGUCAGCUUACGACAGGUUUUUUAAGCUAGUUUUUACUGUCCAGUCGUGUGUUGCUUGAGUUUUAAUAACUGUGAGAAAUAGCGUGUGUGUCAAAGCAAGGAGACGAGAGACAUUGCGUAUAUGAUCCUCGCGGAUAAUCCCCUCUUUCCAAAUGCCUGCCCCUUUCCCUCAAUCAUAAUUAAUCGUAACAUAACUGCAUAAUUAUACACUUACAGAAUCUAAUAUAACGAUAAUUAUUGUAAAGAUAUACAUACGCAUAUAUAUAUACAUACGUAAACACAUAUGUAAAAUAUACUUCUAUACGUGCGCCUGACGUCUGCGAGUCGUGUAACGUACGGAUACGCGAGUUCGGGGGCCUUCCAGCGCAGCUAUACAUAUUUUCUAAGCCACAGAGCAUGUGAUGUUAGGAAUUAUUGCGUAUUUUAAUCGAUAAUCAUUAUAAUAGCGAUGAAAUCGUAGGAACGGCUGCGCGCGCGAGCGAGUUACACAAUUGCCACCGGGAUCGGUUUUAGCCACGGCGCGGUCCUUCGAUCUUUCCACCGCGACUAGUAAUCUUUUUGUUGUUUUGUGACAUUCCAUGUUUCCAAACUGUACGAACAAGGGAGAUCGAAGCCACGCGUAUUGCGAGCUGCCAACGCACGUCGCACGACGGGCAAUCGCUACGCGAAUCGAAGGAUCUCGUCUCGGAACGUUAUGUCAGGCGAGAGUUGCUUUAUGCGUUGAAACGCGUCGUCCUGCACUGAAACGUUUUUAAGACGCUUCCUCGAAGACCAAGCGGCUUCGGAUUUCGACAUAACGACGAAAGACCGCGCUGCCGAGCUCGGUAACAAGAGCAAGUGUAUGUGUGUAUGUGUGUGUGUGAGAGAGAGAGAUGUGUCUUAAAGAGAGUGGGUGCUUGCCUGAGAAAAAGCGAGGAAACCUCGGAUUAAUUUUAACAAAAUUACAUUAUUACAUUAUGAUGUUAAAUUAUAUUUUUGGGGUAAAAGUUUCACAAAAAUACUUUCAGAAAAUGCAUGAAAAAUAUCUGAAUGUUAUAUCUAUUUCUAAUUUUUUAGAUAUUUUAUUUAAAAGUUUGUAUUAUUUAUAAUUUUUAAAUAUAUUGUUGUUUCUAUGAAAUGUAACAAGUAACGAUACAGAGAAGUAAAAAUACAGUUUGUUAAAAUUACAACCAAGAGGUUUCCUUGUACGAGUGCAUGUGAUACGUUUAUAUGAGUGCAUGUGUCAACGUUUAUGAACAGCGAUGGUGCUAAUCGAAACCCCAAUACGCAGCGAUUUUUCUAAAAAGAAAAGAAACGUCGCGGUUAAUCUUUAUUCUUUUUUUAGAGAACCAUGUGUAAUAAUGCCGCAACGUUUCGAAUUUUCCUCGCAACCGACGUGCCUCGAAGUGUUGUUUUUCCUUGCGAGCUUUUUUAGUUCCGCGCGGAACUGGUGUUAUGUAGUAUGAAUAAAGAAAGAGAGAGAAUGUACUGUAUUUAAGUUGUUAGUUUUUUCGAAUGAGAGAAAAAUUAGUAAAGCGUUUUCCCACAGUCUCAUUAGUGAAACGGCACAUUGGUCCGCGAUUGUUACAUUUCUUCUCCCGCAUUCACCAGAGAAAGAGCACAAAGGAAAAAAAAAGAUGCAACAUUCCAAACAUAUUCACGCUUCAUGGAGAAUUCUAAAGACCUCGAGGUACUGCCAUGUUCCGUGUGCGCGAGAGCCUGACAGAGGAGACGAGGAGCGCGAACGUGCGCCGUAACGCAUCGCCGAAUCCGUCGAGAUACGCGCGGAAAUAAUUAAGCCGGAACUCAAUGCAUUUAAUUAAAGGAACCGGUUCGCCUUCCUGUUCUUCUUCCCUCCCCUGCCUUGACUCUCAGAGCCAGUUGCAGAAACAUUCGUCUUUUUUUUUAUUUUGCUCAUAAGCAUCGAUUCCAUAAAUUUUAUAAAUUUCAUAAUUUAUCUGUCGUGCCAAAGGAAUCGAUCGCUUAUAUAUUCUACAAGUUGCGCGGUCGAAGAUAUCGUUUUAUUCGUAGGAAGGCGGCUUAUAAGCUAUUGAUCAAUUUGCAGCGUAGCUGAUUCUGCGUAAAAGCCGCUUUUUUAAAUCGCGUUUUGCUAAUCUGCAUUUAAGAUAUCGCUUCCAUAUUGCUUUUCCCCGCCGUUGUAUGAAGCUUUUAAAGCAAACAACAAACACGGCCUGCAAACUCGUCUGUCACGACAAACGGAACAUGGCAUCGGGGUGAGAAACGAAGGUGCCAAAAAGAAAAAAAUAUCCCUUGCUACAAAAGCAUCAUGUUAGAAAAUCAUUACACUCCUCACCAUCCGUUGCCUCAUGACAAUAAGGAUUUUAUUGUUCUCUGUAAAAUACUGUACAUAUAUAUAUGUAAAAUAUAAUGAAAGAGAUUGUGUGUGUUUUGUAGUAGCGAGCUUGACAUAAUGAAUUUAUUUAGGGUAAUUAAAAGGCGACUAAUUAAUUAAAGAUCAUAUUAUAUCAUAGAACGCCGCGUCCCUAUCUUAUCGAACUCGCGUCGCAACGUACAUCAUGCUUGGAGACGUUGCAAUCGCGUAAUUAUUUUAAGUUCGAGUCGUUCAUCAUGAUUCUGCCGAUGAUUGAUCGAUCUGUCAGGCUGUGCGAAUCUGGUAGUCUGUCGUGUUUGGUGCAUCUCUGCAGUGUAUGUGCGUAUACGUAUGAGUAGUAAGUCUUUAUGACUCGCGAGUGCGAAUCGAGGACGAAGUAAAGGCAGCUAAGCAAGCUGUAACGUAUGUAAACCGAACGCAUCUAUACAUAUAUACAUAGCUUCAUCGAGUAUAUAACAAACCGCGCAAUUGCAUCGAGGAAAAAACGAUAAAAAGAUGCAAUAGCAUCGUACACAUACACAUAAAUACACACACACACAUUUGGUAUGAACAUCAUGUGUGCGCGCGCGCGUGAGGAGUGGUAUACAUAUAAGUUUUUUGUUAUUAAGUAUCAUUGAAUUUAUUGUAAUGAUAUACUCUUAAGUAACGAUCACGUAAUUAUUGCUAGAGAGAGUGUUAUUUAUUUUUAUUUGUUGCGAAUUUAUCGAUUGCCUUCCAUUUGAGUAAAAUAAAUAAAUAUAAAGUUA